AUGAACUACUGGCCUUACGGGCAGCAGCAAGUCAAGUCUGAGCUCGCCCUCCCCACGACGGACUACCCGUGGGACUCACCCAUCGAGAAGCCAGAAGACGGCCAAGAUGCACGAUCUCGCAGUCCUGCCAAUGUCGCCGGCGCCGGUGUUGCUGCUUCCUCAGGGAAGCGCACGCCGGGCAUGUCCAUCGCGAAGCAACCUCGUCCGACUCUUGCCACCUGGUCAUUGCCGUCUCUGUUUCGAGCCUACCAACAGGCACUUAAGCAGCAGACACUUGCUGCCGUUGCCCUGCCCACGGAAGCUCUUAUGAAGCUGAGCGAGAAGACUAGCGUUGCCGAGAUGAUAGCACCUCUUUCACAGACGGAAGCCAAUGUCAGCGGCGGCGUUGGUGGCGCUGGCACUAGUUCUGGAGACCUGUUCAGGAGAAGAAACCGCGGAGAUUCUCUGUCGACCACCAACCUCCCGUGGACGACCAAGAUCUACAUUCUUGUGACCGCUGGCUAUCUGCUUCAAUACAGCGGUGAUGGGGUCAUUGAUCGGAUGCCCGAAAAGGUGCUGCGGCUGGGCAAGUCGUCAGCCGCCUUUGCAACCGACAUGAUCCCUGGUCGCCAUUGGGUACUGCAAGUUUCUGCCAGCACAGAGGACGACGGGGCGUCUACAACCGACUCUCGAUCGCUCCUGUCGAAGCUGUCCUUUCGAUCCUCCGAGAAGCGCUACACGCAACAUAUGGUCAUGGUCUUUGACAGCGCUGAGGAUAUGGACGACUGGAUGACCAGUCUACGAGCCAUGAUUGAGCAGCUCGGCGGCAGAAGGAAACUCUCCGAGGUUGGGCUGCCUCAAGAGGUGGAGGUCAAGGAUUUCGAGGUCAAGGAGUCCGAAUCCAAGGAGGAUAUUGCUGCCCUCUAUCUUCGCGAAAGGAAGAGCCAGGGGUCGCUUAUUGACAGAGACGCCAUGCGAUCGCCACGGGGCACUCCUGCAAGCCCGCCGCCCAUGCUCCAGCAAGACUACGGACGGAGAGCUUGUGAUUAUUCCAUACCGGUCAUCGACUUUGACUCCAUAGGCCAAGACUUGACCAGCGACGACAAGUCGACAACAAACAGCGUCGCCUCUCACGACGGUCGUCAGCUGGACAACCUCCGCGACAGCGCCCAUAGGCUGUCGCUCUUGUCCUCUGGCCAGCGAACAAUGCUCACGUCGACCACAUCUUCGCCCGCCGACUCCCCAAUACGCGACAGAUUCCCUCUGCCGCUGGAGAUUACUACCAUCCCGGAGACCGCCCAACCCAGACCCAACGCCGGCGUCAUCAUGAGUCGCCGUGUUUCUGCGCAGACCAUGGGGCCGUUCGUCGAAGAGGUCGGUGACGGCGCGGCGGAACCGAGCCACAUAGCCUCCCAGCUCUGGGUCAACACUGCGACGCCGUCUCCUUCUGAGCCCCGUGGCACGCGCCGCUUUAUCCUCCCCCCGCUGCAACAGACUGGGCAUCGGUUCCUUUACGGCAAGGCUGCCUCUGCCCAAGAAUCGGGGGGGCCUCCUCGGUCGCCAGUCACUGUAGCUCCUCGCAGCUCGCUGCGCAGGCUUGCCAAUAUUCGCACAGGCAGGCCCCUGUCCACAGUGGAAGACCAGCCCUCUCCGAAGGAAAACACCAUGCCGGAACGGCCAGUGACGAGCCAUAAUGGCGAGCUUCGAUCGCAAGCAUUGCCCACACACGUCCCCGACGUGCCCAAGCUCUCUCGUGGGCGCCUCAUAUCUGUGUCAAAUGUGCCUCAGAUGUUUGGGAAGCUACCAACGGGCGCACGGCGUCUUAGUCUGCUGCCUAAGCGAGAGGCUCGAGUUGCUAGCCCAGGCCCUGGGGCUCUUCCUAAGCUUCAAACUGAUAGCACACCGGAGAGGCAUCAAGACGUGACGGGUCAGUCGGUGUUUGAAGACGAUAGCCCUCUGGCGUCACCAACGUCUGAGCGGUCGUAUGCAACUAUGCCCGCCCCUCUCGCAGCUUCCUGGGCAGACAAGAUCAAGAGGCAUCGAAACUCGAGAGAGAUUGACGGCGAAACCAUGCGAAGCUUUUCCUUGGGCUUCUCUUGGAGUAGCAAGCCCAAACGAGCCAGCAUCGCGUCCGCCUACUCUGAAUGGUCGACGAUAGGAGAUCUGAGGCCAAUCGAUACCAUUGCUGAGACACUUCCCCAGCUUUCGCCGCCGCCAACUGGGCCGCUGCCGCCUACCCCUACCCGGCCGUCGUCUUCUUCCAGUAACUAUGGCCGUACCAUGGGCCGCAAGAAGAGCAUCCCAAUGAUGGCAAUGCCUCCUCCAGCACCCCCACCUACAUGUGCCCUGCCACCCAUCCCACAGAAGCCAACUGCUCGGGUAUGAAGGGGGAAAGUUGUGCCAGCCGGCCUUGAUGAUUGCCUUUUCUUUCUGCAUCUUUUCUCUUGGCCAUCUUCGCUGGGUACGUUCGAGCAGAGUGAUCUGCUGCAACGCUUGGUCGUGGUCAUGUACAUCUGCGAUGGGCGUUGCAUUGCGAGUCACAUAGGCCGGUCAAGACUUACGGACAUCUUUCAUGUUCCGUGAGUCGAUUCUGGGCCUCAUCUUGAGUUUAUUUGUUUCUUUUUCUUUUGUUCUUCUUCUUGGGGGGUUUCUUUUCUUUGAGUUGGGCGCUGGUGCGGAAGGAAAUGGGCAUGGUCACGCCUGGCUUGUUUGAUGCAUAAUGAAACUGCAUAUAUCCAUUGUUGAUGACGAAAAAAGCGCUCCGAUGAGGCUGAAUCCUGGGGGUUGGCUAAAGCAUGAUAGAAAACAAAAGUUAUC